UUGAAACUUAUUUCUGAUUUUCUGUUGAUUUUUAAUCACGGCUUGUUUAUUGCUAUACGAGAAUAUAACCAUGAGUCAAAUAAAAGAUCGUGUUGAAAAACUUAUUCAGACAAAUCCUGUUAUGAUGUUUAGUAAAAGUUUUUGUCCAUAUUGUAAAAAAGCAAAAGCUACUUUGAAAGAACUUAACGUUGAACCUGGAAUUUGCGAAUUAGAUGAAGAUUCCGAAGGAAGAGCUAUUCAAGAUUAUCUUAAGGAGAAAACUAGCCAAAAUACCGUACCAAACAUUUUUAUCAAGGGUCAACACGUUGGAGGAUGUGAUGAUCUUUUAGCUGCUAAAGACAAUGGAUCCCUUAGUAAAAUGAUUGCGGCUCUUUAAAUUAUUUAAAACAAUUUUUUUAUCGUAUAAAUGAUACGCAUACAAUCAAAUAAACAAAUUAACGGUUUUUUUAAAUAAAAUUUGUUAUAACAAUUCUUAACAAUUCUUUAUGAUAUAA